AUGGAACCUGUCUCUAAGCUUGCCUCCUUUGCAGUCACACCAAGUACAUGCAAGGCCAACAAUGGGAACUGCACACAGUUCUGCAAAGAGGAAGAUGAAGGGGUGGUAUGUUCCUGUGUUUCUGGCUAUGCUCUGGAUGAUGACAACAAAACCUGCGUUCCUGUAGUUAAGUUCCCAUGUGGUAAAUUUAAGAGAAAUCAUGGAGUGGAUCAAAAAAAUGUUACAAGUACAGAAGAUCAUCUUAAAAAUGAGGAAACCACUGAGGCUCCAAGUAACUCCUCUGAGGUAGUAGAAGAGGCUGGCAGUAUACCCAGCAUAUGUCCAUGGCAGGCUGUUCUAGUACAGAAGCAUGGUGAAUGGAUUUGUGGGGGAACAAUUCUGAAUGAGUAUUUUAUACUUACUGCAGCUCAGUGUGUUAACAAUUCUAUGGGAUUACGGGUUCUUGUUGGGAUGGUGGACAGAGAAAAGGAAGAACCAAGUUCUGCAUUCCACACAGUGGAAAAAAUAAUUUCAAAUCCUGAGUUUAAUUUUCAAACCCAUGAUAGUGACAUAGCCCUCAUCAAAUUAAAAGAACCUAUCACGUUUUCUGAGGAUGUUGUCCCAGCAUGCCUUCCAGAAGAAGACUUUGCUAAUGAUGUUCUGAUGAAGCAAACAUUUGGAAUUGUCAGUGGCUUUGGGAAUUCAUAUGAACACACGCGGCCAGCCAGAAGAAUGAAAGUUCUUCAAAUCCCUUAUGUGGAUAAGAAAACUUGCAAGCAAGCUAUUCGUUAUUUAGUAACAAGAAACAUGUUCUGUGCAGGUUAUAAUAAAGAUGGACAAGAUGUCUGCCAAGGAGAUGGAGGAGGCCCCCAUGUAACAGAAUACAAUGGCACUUAUUUUGUUACUGGAAUCAUCAGCUGGGGAGAAGGGUGUGGGAGGCAAGGAAAAUAUGGAAUAUACACCAAAGUAUCAAAUUUCCUGCCAUGGGUAAGAAGUGUUUUGACACAAAACUCUUAAUGGCUUGGUGUUUAAUCAACCCAACUGUCUUAGCCAUCAGAUCUGAUCCCCAAAUAAUAUUUUCCUCUUUGUAAAAUGCUUGCUGUAAUUCUGAUAACACUGUUAAGAUGCCAGCUGUUUCUUCAUGAGCUCAUGCCUGGUUUUCAGAAGGUGUAUUUUGACUUUCUGGUUUGGGACAAUAAUGGCACAUCUUCAAAUACAAUGAUUUAGGAGUUCUUUUCGCUUAUGCUGUGGUUGAUUGAACUUGUCUAGGAGACUUUGGCUGUACAAGUAAGCCUAUUUGUCCAGCCUGCUAAACCUCCCAUUCGAAGGCUACAACUAACUCAACUUUCCUGUGGCAGUACUUGCUUUAUAGAAAUCAACCUAGACCAGAAUAAUAUCGAUGUAGGACAUACUUCUAAAGACUUUAAGACUCUGGAAGAACUCUGGAAAAAAGUGGAAACCAACUGUGUAUCCACACUUGAGCCUAAAGAACUGGCCAUGUCACUGACACCAGUACCUUGUUAUAUUAACUGAUUUGGCAAAGCUUGCUUAUAAUUACCAACAUCACUGGUGUUCUAAUAAUCUGUUGUCCUUCUGAGAUAAUUCUUUCACCAUAAUUACUGAAGUCAUGAUUUUGUCUAUAAUAAAGUGAACGUAUUACGUACUCCACAAAUGACAAUAUUGUUUUAAGUCUUCAUUUAUGUAAGGUGUUAUUUAAAUUCUUAACAACCAAAGAGAUUUUAAAUCUGUGAGGGUAAAUUUUCUUCCAGGAAUAGGAAAAGUCUGACUCUAAAACCAGCUGAGCCACACAUACUCUGUCUGCUUUACUUUAAUUCUGAGAGAAACAAAGAUCUGCUAUUCAGUUCAGUGGUACAUAAAAAUGAUGAACUAGAUUGUAAGAUACUUGGGUCCC